AACUCGACCACCAAUACAGAUAGGAAGAUUGCGAACCACUGAAUCAGAGAUAAUCAUUUUUCUCGAGGCUAAACUAACCUCAAGAGGAUCACAAGAAUGCACGGUUCUAAUAGAUAAGGCCUCCAAGCAACAAGAAGAAAUAAAAGAGUGGGUAGCACCGGUAUCACAUAAAGAAAAAACAGGCACAUGGGAUAUUGAAAACAUUCCGGACAUGGUACCUGCAUUGCGGGCAGCCUCAUCGUGGGCCCUCGCACGAAUACGCCAGACAGGAAAUUUGCAUGAAUACAUCAAGGAGUUUGAACAACUGGCCUGCCGCGUGCGAGAUUGGUCUGAGGAUGCACUAGUAGGAGCCUUCAUAGGUGGGCUGAGAUUCGAUCUAGCCGCAGAAGUCCGACUUGAGCGGCCAGACACGAUGCAUAAAUCCAUGGAGGUAGCCCGUCGACGAGAAGACCAUCUAGUCGCCACGCGAAGGGGACGGGUGGAUGUGCGAUUCACGAACAUGCGAUGCAUGGGACUGAGCCAGGCAAUGGCCAGCGCACGGCCGAACGUCAGCAAUCGGCCAGCAGUGUCGAUAGUAAGGAGGCUGUCUCCCGAGGAAGUUAAACGUCGACGCGAGAAAGGCCUAUGCUUCAAAUGUGAAGAAAAGUUUACGCCAGGCCAUCAUU